UGAACAGAGAAGAAUUUUAAGAAGAAACUCAAGUACACUCCAACUAGUCCAUUUUCAAUUUAUAAUUAGAUAAAUCAAAAAGGACUUAUAGUUGAAGAAAGAAGUAUGGCAGAUCACUCCAUUGAGAUUACCCCAAUAGAUGACCAAAUUCCACUACUUCCUCAAACUAAAAAAGAUGAGAUAGAAGAAGGGAGAAAAGUGGAUCAUUUAAUCGACAUAAAUGAAAGAAUUGAUGAAAUGUUUGAGGAUUUAGACAAUUCAUCUAUUAAAUCGCGUACGAUAUUCAAAGUAAAUGUGUGGCAACGUGAAUCAAAUCCAGAUGCUUAUACACCAAAGAUGGUCUCCAUUGGUCCUUAUCAUAAGAAGAAUACUCAACUUGGUCCAAUGAAAAAGUACAAACUAUUAUACCGACGACGGUUUCUUCAACGAAAUAAGAGACUUGAUGUGAAAAGUUACAUCAGUGAAUUGGAGAAAGUGAAGGAGAAAGUAUUGAAGUGUUACGAAGAUAUAGAAAAGUUUGGUAACGAUAGUCAUGAAUUUUGCGAAAUGUUGUUGUUUGAUGGUUGUUUUGUGGUUGAGUUUAUUCGAGAGUGUUGUGGAAUAUAUCCAAAAGGAGAAGACAAGAUUAUUAAUAUUAAUGAUAGUUACAUAUUCCGAGACUUGAUGUUACUAGAAAAUCAACUUCCUUUCUUUGUACUCAACAAGCUUCAUUUCAUGACAAAGCAAGUUGAUGAAUUUUCAUUGGCAAUAUUGGCGGAUAAGUUGUUUACCUUGCAAGAAAUGAGCCCCAAUUACUCCUUUACAGAGAGAGAAUAUUGUAAUGAAGGAAAUAUCAAACAUUUACUUCAUGCAGCACACAUAUUUUCAUGUCAUGGCCUGAAUCCCAUGAAAAACUCAAAAAAUGACAAAACGAGUCCUACGGUCAUGCCAAAUGCAACCGAGCUUUCCGAAGCUGGAGUUAGCUAUGCAAAGGUAAAAAAUAUGACAAGUUUAUUUGAUAUAAAGUUCGAGAAUGGAUUGAUGACAAUCCCUUAUUUUCAGGUCGUAGAUGGUUCAGAAACUCUCCUGCGAAAUCUCAUUGCUUAUGAGCAACAAUCAUCUGAUGUAGAUCCUACAUAUUUUAGCGAUUAUGCAACUUUCAUGGAUCACCUUAUCAACUCAGAAAAAGAUGUGAAUUUGCUUUGCCAGAAAGGAAUCAUAGAGAACUGGAUAGGAGAGGACAAAGAAGUUGCUAGCCUCUUCAACAAAAUUGGAAAAGGGGUCACUACGUAUUCCAACUUCUAUUACAAAGAAGAAAUCAAAAAAACAAUUGAAUAUCGUGAAAAACCAUGGAAUAGAAUGAAGGCAAAUUUAAUGCACAAUUAUUUUAGCAGUCCUUGGGUAGGAGCUUCAACUGUGGCAGCCAUUAUACUCCUAAUACUCACAACUAUACAAACUAUUUUAACUUUCACAGGUCCUCUUAAGAAAUAAGUACUAGUAAUUAUCUCAAUUGUAGUGUUGAUGAUCUUAUUAUGAGUUCUUCAUUAAUUCUAUGUCCCCUUUUGUAUUGGGUUUUCUAGUUGAAUGUUAAGCAGUUUAUUUCAA